GACACCACUUUCAACAGAUUAAUUUUUGAUUGAAAAAAAGAAAUCAAAUUUAAAAAACAAAAGAGUUAACGAACCUACACCACGAGAGAGGGAGGGAGAGUGAGAGGGGGGGUGGGGACGUUCACGUUGUUGUUUUGAGUCGUUCGUGCUUAUAUACUGCUUUAGAAAUCAAUUAGAGCAGCAAAGGAGAGACAGAGAUGCAAGCUGUGGUAUUGAAUUCCUCAAUAUGCAGGGCACAACAAACCCUAGAACCCUCCUGCUCAACCGUCUAUUCCUUUCGUAACAAGAUUUCGAAUUUUCUCGGUAAACGAUUCUCGCUCACCAGGGAUAGCAAUCUUGUGCGGUGGAGUUCUUCACGUCCGAUACGGAUUCAGCCACGCACGCGGAGGCGAGCUGUAAAGUCUGUGGCUACUCCAGAUUCAGUGGUGGAACUACCACUAACUGCAGAAAAUGUUGAAAGUGUAUUAGAUGAAGUUAGACCAUAUCUCAUGGCAGAUGGCGGUAAUGUAGCAUUGCAUGAAAUUGAUGGCAAUGUUGUACGGUUGAAGCUGCAAGGAGCCUGUGGAUCCUGCCCAAGUUCUGUGAUGACAAUGAAAAUGGGCAUCGAGCGUCGUUUAAUGGAGAAGAUCCCUGAAAUAGUUGCCGUGGAACCAAUAGCUGAUGAAGAAAGUGGCCUUGAGCUGAAUGAAGAAAACAUAGAGAAGGUCCUCGAGGAAAUUCGACCAUAUCUUGUUGGAGCUGCAGGUGGGUCGCUUGAACUUGUAGGAAUUGAGGAGCCAAUAGUGAAGGUCCGAAUCACAGGUCCUGCAGCAGGGGUCAUGACUGUCCGGGUGGCUGUAACACAGAAACUCCGAGAGAAAAUUCCAGCAAUUGCAGCCGUUCAGCUUUUGUGAUAACCCAGUUCAUUAAAUGGGUAAUAUUUGCAACUUUCUGGCUUGUAUCUUUCCGAAUAAAAUGUGCUAGUAAGGACAAAAUAUACAGAUGGUGCAUUUACAAGUUUGUACAGAAAUACAUUUUAUCAGCCGGAAUGAUAAAAAGGCUUUUGUAGUUGAUUGUUAAUGUAUAUGAAAGUGUUUUCACAAAA